UCAUGGUAGACAGUGAUCGAGAGGUACGCUCCUGCGUUUAAUUGCUUAAUUUUUGUUUCUUACUUUCAAAAUAGUAUGGAUAUGGAGAUAAUGCUCCUGGAUCAGACGCAUAUGACCCAGAAUUCACUACAGAGGAAAUGCUUGAACCGAACCCAAACUAUCCACAGCCACCUUUUGUUUCUGAAAAUCAGCCAUCAACACCAGUCCCUUAUGGUGAGAAUACGACAUCUCCUGACAGCGAAUUCUUUCUUCACAUUGAUCCACGAGUAAAGGAAUACGGUACUCCUGAAUUUAAAAUAUCUAAUUGUCAAGGAAGAAAGAAGGCUCUGUUGAUUGGUAUCAACUACUUUGGAACCAACCAUGAGCUAAAUGGUUGCAUUAAUGACGUGGAGAACAUUGAAAACUUUUUGACGUCUUUAUAUGGAUUUAAAAAAGAAGAUAUGGUCAUUCUGACAGAUGACAACCCUCCUCAUAGUAAAUAUUAUCCUAAUAGAGAAAAUAUAUUGGCUGCCAUGAGAUGGCUUGUGGAAGAUGCACAGCCCAAUGAUUCAUUCUUUUUCCAUUAUAGUGGUCACGGGGGUAGAGUGAAAGAUAUUUCAGGUGAUGAAGAGGAUGGAUACGACGAAACUAUUUACCCUGUUGAUUUUGAAGACUAUGAGGGAACUUCGGGUCAAAUUAUUGAUGAUGAUAUGCAUGACAUACUUGUUAGACCACUAUGUGAAGGAUGCAGGCUGACAUGUAUAUUUGACAGCUGUCAUUCAGGCACAGUUCUAGACUUGCCAUUUAUUUAUUCUACAAAGGGUGUCUUGAAGGAUCAAAACCUGUUCAAGGAUGCCGGUAAAGGUCUCUUAUCGGCAGGAAUAGCUUAUGCAACAGGAGAUAGGCCGCGUGCUAUAUCUGAAUUAAUGGAACUAGGAAGAGAGCUUUUCAACGCUCGUGAUAUAGAAGAAGAAAAUAAACGCAGAAACUUUUCUCCUGCAGAUGUUAUCAUGUUUUCAGGAUGUAAAGAUGAUCAAACCUCAGCUGAUGCUAAAGAAGCUGGUAGAGCAACAGGUGCAAUGAGUUAUGCACUAACAACCUCUCUUCGAAAGAAUCCAAACCAGUCUUAUCAAGCAUUACUAAACAGUCUUCGUGAAAUACUACGUGAUAAAUACUCUCAGCGACCUCAGUUAAGUGCAUCUCAUCCUAUUGAUGUAAACCUUCAAUUCGUUUGUUAAUGCAGUGUGAAUGAAUCUCCGCUAACAAAGAGACAUUUGUUGUUUUUUAUGUACCUGUUUUCUCUUCUUUUUCAAUAAUAAAAUGGUAUUGCAUUUCCCCAACUACAUUUACUUUUUUUUGUGUGAGUGUGGUCUAAUAUCCUUGUUUACAGGAAUUUUUGUUUGGUAAAAGAAAGACUCCUGCAGAAGUCCUUCGUCAGCACCAAAGAGCAAUAACAAAAGCCCAAAGAGAGUUGGAUAGAGAAAGAGAAAAACUUGAACGCCAAGAGAAGAAGCUGAUUCUUGACAUAAAGAAGUCAGCAAAGGAAAACCAACUAGGAGCGUGUAAAGUUAUGGCAAAGGAUUUGGUUCGUACAAGACGUAAUGUUCAAAAGUUUUACCAAAUGAAGACGCAAUUACAGGCAGUUGGUCUUCGUAUUC